AUGCCAAAGACCAGCAGUUCAAAUCCUCAUGGCACGUUGAGGGGUAAAAGUAUAAUUGCACCCCUGGCCAUUCCGCUUCAGGUGGGAGCAGACGGCGCUUCUGUAGAAGACCUAAUGGACUUUGCUGAGGCCGUAGAGAAUGAAUGUAUUGCCAAGCAGUUGUUUAUUGAAAGGAGAGCAAGGCGGAGUCACUUGGAGGCUAAGUUGUUUUCCACCCAGCUUCCAGGUGCCUCUCAACAGUUGGAACAAGCUCGUGUUGGGCAUAGCAAGGUGACAACGCUCGUUCAAGAACUCAGGAUGGAGAUAAGCAUACCUCGCAUGGACUUGUAUCACCGCUCUCUUGUGUCCUUGAUCCGUGAAAAGCUUGCGAACCCACAGGAUGAUCAUCAUUUUCACUACAAGCCGUACCAACUAUUGUGGUGUCCACCUCAUCAGUCUGGCAAAAGCCGUGUAUAUGGUGAGCUAUACACCUUGGAUGCGUUUUUAGAGGCCCAUAAAGAUCUGCAAAAUUCACCUCCAGAGCCUGGCUGCAGCUUGCCACGUGUUGUCGCAGCACUUAUGCUAUGGUUGGAUGCUACACAUUUAACCUCCUUUGGCAACUCAAAGCUAUGGCCUCUCUACGUGUACUUUGGUAAUGAAUCAAAGUAUCGGCACUCCAAGCCUUCAUGUAAUCUCUGCAAUCAUGCAGCCUACUUUGAGGGGCUGCCUGAUGAAUUCAAAGAUUUUGCCACCAAACAUGUGGGCGACAAGCUGAGCGACACCUUUUUUACACAUUGUCACCGCGAGUUAUUUCAUGCUCAAUGGAAUGUUCUUCUUGAUGAAGAAUUUCUUAAAGCAUACAAACAUGGUAUUGUCAUCAUGUGUCAUAAUGAGGUCUUGCGAUGUUUCUAUCCACGCAUCUUCACAUACUCUGCAGACUAUCCAGAGAAGAUUCUGAUCGCAAGCAUAAGGAAUCUUGGCAGUUGUCCAUGCCCCCGUUGUUUGAUCUCCAUGGUUGAUGUUCCCAAUGUUGGGUCAGAAGAAAACAUGCAACGGCAAACACUGUUAGCACGCAUGGACAACAGUGAACGAUGUUCUAAAGUCAUCACAACUCAAAAAAUGAUCUAUGGACAAAACUAUGCAGUUACUAGCGUCAGAGUCAAUGAUAUCCUGAAGCCCGAGUCCAUGGUACCUACUCUAAAUGCAUUCUCGAACAAGCUUGAAAAAGCAACCAAAGUCCUUGGGGAGGGACUACACAAGUUUGCCAGUGAAACAUGCCCUGCAUUCCGCACUCGAGAACUUCAGCAAGAAGCUAACGCUCAACAGCGCCGCCAGAUCCAGGAAGCAUCAAAUAACCAAUCUUCCAAUGCCGCAACCGCCAGCAAUGCUGUCCCAGAUACUAGACAUCGGCCCAAAACUUUCAACCUACAAACUUACAAACUUCAUGCCCUUGGAGAUUACCCUGCUCAAAUCCGGCGUUUUGGCACUACAGGUUUGUACUCUACAAAGCCAAAUGUCAUCCACAUACUCAGAGCACCUCCACGUAUCAUUCACUGGAUUGUCCCUCCUAAAACCCGUUUCAAUGAUUCUGGCAUGGCUGACAAAAAUAUUGAUGAUGAGGAUCCAGGACUGAGCUUAGCAAAUUGUGAAAGGGAAGGUUGGGACUUGGACAACUUGAACGAUAUAGCAACAGGGGAGGAUGCUGAAGACAAUACACUGGCACAUGAUUUGGAGAUGUUUGAGAUGUAUGGAAUGGAGGAAUCACCGGAGUUUGACGCGGACUAA